UUCUAUCAGCCUCCUUUGAUAUGCCAUUUGAUUUGAGUGGCGUUCUCAUGGCAGGAUGAAUUCAUCCCAUCAAACAUACACGGAGCUGCGAAUGGAUAUUCUACUGGAAUAAAAUGAAGCCCUGUUGCCAUGACUGAGGUGUGCAGAUCCUGUGAGGUCAGAGAGCAGGUGCCACCACGCUGAGGUCUGCUGUCCCAAUGAGCCAAGCAGGCAGCACGCAGCGGCGCACCACCUACCUCAUCUCCCUCACUCUGGUGAAGGUUGAGGCCGUGCCAGAGGAUGUCGCAGGGAACCAGUCGGAGGGCCCUCCAGAGGGGGAAGGGAGCCCUAAGAAGGAUAAGGAGGAGAAGAACAAGGAGAGCGUGAGCGAUGCCCCUGAAAAGGAGAAAGGACCUUUGUGUUUGGAAGUAGGGGGGAAGGAAAUCGCACAGGUGGAGGAGGAAGUGGAACAAGUGCAUCACGUCAAGUAUGGGAGCCCGACUGAGAACAGGGAUAAGCCUGAGAGGAAGGAGGCGCUCCAAAAAGACGUUGUACCGGUUGGAAAGAGCAAAGAUCCAGUUUUUAUACAUCCACCCGCCAGGCAAAUGGUUAAAGUGUAUGGGGGAACUUUCUCUGAGGGGCCCAUGCGCAGAGAGGGGCCCCGCUCAGAUGCCUUACGCCCUAAGACAGAGUUGUACCGGGAGCCUCCUGCCCUGUUCCUAAAGGGGGAAAACGGAGGAGACUUGAACACCCGCUCACGUUCCAGUCUCCCCUUUUCUGCCUCGCAGCAGAUCGGCCAGCUUCCCCAAGUCGUGAUGAGGCCACACGCAGGAGGGAACUCCACAUGUUGGAGGGAGCUCAACACAAGCUCGUAUCACUCGGCCAAAACUUUAGAGCGAAGGGACAACCAGCCUCCGCUGAUGGCGGCCACGACUCUGGGGCCUUACAGGGCAUCCUGGGCCGACAGCGACGGCCGUGGGACGCUCAUCCGGCCGGGAGCUCCCAUCAGCGGAGGGUUCUCAGGGGUGAAGACCCGGGACAGCCCUCAGGGCGAGCGAUAUAAGGCAGUGUCCGUGUCUUUACCUGCACCUCCGGCCCCCGAUGUGACCAGGCCUCCGAGAAAAGGUACAAGUUGUACCCUCGACAACAGCGACCUGCACUCUUACCCCGAGGACUUAAAGAAAGGGAAGGAGGGUCAGGGAGGAACAAUCCAGCGAGCUCCUCCUCGUGAUCGCAAGAUGCUCAAGUUCAUCAGUGGGAUUUUUACCAAGAGCACAGCUGGGUCACCGAGCGCCACCGUCACACCCCCGCAGUACCCGGCUGUGGAGAGGGGCUCGAGUGAGGAGGAAGUUGUAUGCACCAGCAAUCCAGAAUGGACCAUGAGUCAAGCUGUGCAAGAACUUCACCUGGGUGUUUUGGGAGGUCUGUGCAGUGGGAAGUCUGCUCUUGUCCACAGACACUUAACAGGAAGUUAUCUUCCAGUGGAGAAUGCUGAGGGACGGCAAUACAUUAAGGACGUGCUGGUGGACGGACAGAGUCACCUGAUUAUAAUCAGAGAGGAGACCGAACUCCCAGGAGCUCAGUUUGCAAGCUGGGUGGAUGCCGUCAUCUUGGUCUUCAGCUUGGAAAACGAGGCCAGCUUCCAGGAGGUUUAUAAAUUCUACCAUCAGCUUGCCAUGCACCGGCCUGUCUCUGAGAUACCUUUUGUAGUCGUUGGCACUCAGGAUAAGAUCAGCAGCACCAACUCCAGGGUGAUAGACGACGCCAAGGCCAGACAGCUUUGCUCAGAUGUGCGUCGCUGCACUUACUACGAAACCUGCGCCACGUACGGCCUCAAUGUGAACCGAGUCUUCAACGAUGCUGCUCAGAAGAUCAUGGCGGCCAAGAAGCAAGCCGCUCUACUGGCUUCCUGUAAGUCUCUUCCCAACUCUCCCAGUCACUCUGGUGGCUCCACACCAGUGUCUGGAGUCUUUCCAGGACAGGCCAGUAAUGGUGGUCAGAGCAGUGAUUACUCCUCAUCUCUUCCCUCCACCCCGGUGAUCAGCCACAAAGAGAUUGGGAGAACUUUAAGGGGUGAGAAACUGGACAGUGCUGGGCCCGGGUCAGUUCGUGGAGUUCGGAGACGCACCCCCAGAUUUGCGGGGCGACGAGGCAGCGACUCAAACAGACGCAGUGCUGACUGUAAGGGAGAUUUCGGCAGCGGACGCUUCAUUCCCGUCAAACAGGGCAUCUUGCUGAAGCGCAGUGGGAACUCGCUCAACAAAGAGUGGAAAAAGAAAUAUGUCACUCUGUCCAACGACGGCAUACUGUCCUACCACUCCAGUGUCAACGAGUACAUGCUGAACACCCCGGGGAAAGAGAUGGACCUGCUGCGAGUCACUGUGAAGGUGCCGGGAAAGCGACCGCCCCGUGCUGUGCCCACUUGCGGCCCCCCGGCUGGGCUUAACGGGCGGGUCAAAGAUGUGCUGGGACCUGAGGCACCAGUCAGUGCCAGCAGCCUCCUGCAGGUGGAGGAAAUGGAGGAACUGGGAGGUUCACUGUUCCUGAGGAGUAACGUAGGUGUGCAGCGGUGUCCAUCCACACUAUCAAACCACGCUCAAGGUGUUGAUUCUGCCGUUGAGGGAGUCUCCAGCUCUUCUUCCACUAAAGACGUGGGCUCUGCCUCCCCGCUGACGGACAGGAAGAAGUACCGGAAAAAGAAGAACACAAAUCCGAAAGGAGACGCAACUUUGGCUCAGGCAGACGCUAAACGCAAAAUGUGGAAACUCAAAAGUUUUGGUAGCCUGAGAAACGUGAGCAAGACGGAUGAGGAGAACUUUGACUUCCUGGUUGUGUCCAGCACCGGCCAGACGUGGCACUUUGAGGCUCAGAGUGUCGAGGAGAGGGACUCCUGGGUCCAUGCCAUCGAGAGUCAGAUCCUGGCCAGCCUGCAGCUGUGUGAGAGCAGCAAGAACAAGGACCGUAAGAACAGUCAGAGUGAAGCUGUGGCGCUGCAGGCGAUCCGUAACGCAAAGGGCAACAACUUCUGUGUGGACUGUGACGCUCCAAAUCCAACGUGGGCCAGUCUGAACCUGGGUGCUCUUAUCUGCAUCGAGUGCUCUGGGAUCCACAGGAACUUGGGGACCCACCUGUCCCGCGUUCGCUCGUUGGCGCUGGAUGACCUGCCGAGAGAGCUCACGCUGGUUCUCAGCACCAUCGGCAACCACAUGGUCAACAGUACAUGGGAGGCACGCACGAUGGGCCACCGCAAACCGGCUCCUGACGCAACCCGAGAAGAGCGUGAGUCGUGGAUCCGAGCCAAGUACGAGCAGAAACGGUUUGUGGCGCCGUUGCCUCCUCCCACUCCCAGCGAGGGCCCAGACAUCGCUCUGUCAGGCCGUCUUCUGUUGGCAGUGAUGGAGCGCAACCUGCCCAAGCUGCUGCUCCUUCUGGCCCACUGCACCAAGGAGGACAUCAACGCCCCUCCCGGCCUGUCGCUCCCCACCAGGUCGCUCCUGGCACUCCGGCUGCCUGGGUCCGCGCUGCACGCUGCCUGCCAGCAGGCUGAUGUGGUGAUGACUCAGCUUCUUGUUUGGUACGGCUGUGACGUCCGGCAUCGGGACCCUCAGGGGCAGACUGCGCUGACUCUGGCUCAAAGCGCAGGAAGCCAGGAGUGCGUCGACAUCCUGCUGCAGCACGGUUGCCCUAAUGAACUGGCCUCUGCCCACUUGACAGCUGGUUUGUCAUCAUCCGCCGCAAUGACAACCAGCUUCCCUGUCACCAUGACGUCCAGCUUGACGGUUGCCACGACGCUCAAGUACCCACAGAAGAGCGGCAGCGCCAACCUGAGUUACAGCACCUCCAGACGAGCUGUGUCGUAAACGCAGCGCUGUGCGGUGUGACGUGUGUAGGAGCUUGUCGCUUUGCCCUCAUAGUGUGUCCCGUCCAUCCACGCAGACCAGCAGGAGCGAUGAACACGUGGACGGAUGCUGCAUUAAGAGGAGGUC